AUGUCGCUACUCAUUGAUAAGCAUGUUGAUUACAUCAAAAACUUGUUUCGAAACCCUGUGUACUUGGAGCACUGGAUGGCCGAACACCUCAAGAUGAAUGCGCUCUAUUGGGGAAUAGGUGCAUUGUUCUUGAUGCAUCAUGAGGAUGAGUUCAAGAAGGAGGAUGUUGUUUCCUUUAUAAUGAAUUGCUACGAUGCUAACUGUGGUGGUUUUGGUUCUGCACCUCGCCAUGAUGCCCAUUUAUUGUCCACAUUAUCUGCCUUACAAGUACUCAAACUAUACGACUCAUUAGAUGCUCUAGAUAAAGACAAGAGAGAGAAGACGAUUCAAUUCAUAGUGAGUCUUCAAUUGGAUGACGGAUCAUUCGAAGGAGAUCGUUUUGGCGAGGUAGACACUCGUUUUGUGUACACAGCGAUUCAAUCAUUGGCCAUUUUGGAGACUCUAGAGCCUAAAGUUGUUGAGCCAGCAGUAGACUUCAUUCUUCAAUGCCAGAAUUUUGACGGCUCAUUCGGUAUCAUGCCAGGAGCGGAGUCUCACGCUGCACAGGCAUUUACAUGUAUAGCUACUUUGGCCAUUUGUAACGCUUUGGAUCGUCUUCCUAAUAAGGAAACACUAGAAUGGUGGCUUAGUGACCGGCAGGUGGCAAAUGGAGGCUUGAAUGGCCGACCAGAGAAGUUACCCGACGUCUGCUACAGUUGGUGGGUGUUAUCAUGUCUUGGAAUAUUGCAAAAGCUGAACUACGUAGACGGUGAAAAGCUCGUACAGUUUAUAAUGAAUAGUCAAAGUGACACGGGUGGAAUUAGUGACAGACCAGGCAACGAGUGCGACGUUUAUCAUACAUACUUCGGACUAGCUGGAUUAAGUCUAUUGGGGAAAUAUGGAUUGGCAAGUAUCGAUCCUAUAUAUGCAUUGCCGACAGCGAUAACUAAGACGAUCAAGAAAUAUCCGUACAAAUGA